AUGACUCGCACCAAGGUGUGGUCGGCUCGUGGGCACUUGAUCUUUGUCAGUCAUAACGGAGUCUCAUACCUAAAGUGUUCGUCUCCUUUUGCUACUGCUAUUCUACUCGAAGUGAAUAUUUUCUCAUCUGUUAACACAACACGAUACGAAAAUUUUCGAACUGGACAAAGAAAGGGCUCAAGAACCGCAUUUACGAACAUGAAUCUGAUGCGAUUUCGUUUUAUAUGGAGCUCAAUCUUAGUGACAUGGGUAGCUAGUGCCAACGAACUAUCAAGGUGUUGCUCAGGAGGAUCUCGACAUUUUAUACAAACACAAACAUGCUCCAAUAUCAAGGCAGAAGGUACUACAGCGACUUGUGUCAGAACAGCAUCAAUCUGCUGCUUACGUGCGCUGUUAGAUUCCGCCUGCGAAGAAGGCACGGCACUUGCUCGACAAGACGAGAUGUGUCCCUCCAGCAUAAAUACAUUGGGAGGUGGACUUAGAAAGGGGCAUGAAUCGGAUUAUGACAGAAUCUCAUGGGAAUGCUGCGAUUGCUGUUUGCUUGCCAAAGACCUCCUUCACAAAAAUCAGCCAUGUGUGGCACCGACAGGAUUCUCUGCUGCUUGCUUAAAAUCGUUCACACGAUGCUGUCAAGGAUCAAUUGAGAUUACUCAAUCAUAUCCAUACAUGACUGGCAAACCUAAAACGGAUCAUAACGCAGUGUUUCCAGGAGACCGUUGUGUAAAUGCCAAGUGUGAGCACCUCUGCAACGACAGAGGUGGCGAAACGGUAGAAUGCAGCUGUCGUUCAGGAUACGACCUGGGUCCAGAUGGUUACAGUUGCAUUGAUCGCAACGAAUGCCGCUCAUCUACGCCCCCAUGUGCCUGGGGACGAGAAGUGUGCGUGAAUACAAUCGGAGGAUAUCUCUGUCAACAACUGAGGCCCUUAGUCAAACGCCCUUUCGUUCGCCAAAGACCUAGAGUAGCAAGAAAAUACGAGGACAAUAGAAGAGCUGCCACAAGGAGGUCACAAACGUUCAUCCCUAUACCAACUGCUCCUGUGGAAGAUGAACUGCAGCCACAGAACUGUCCUGCUGGGUAUGAAUCCCGAAGAGGGCAGUGCGUAGACAUUGAUGAAUGUCUACUACUGGCAGACGAUUGUCUUGAGUCCCAACGAUGCCUUAAUUUGCCUGGUUCUUUCAAAUGCAUAAGAACACUCUCAUGUGGGACUGGAUACGCCAUGGACUCCGAAACCGAGGAGUGCAUUGAUGUCGACGAGUGCAACUUGGGAUCACAUGACUGCGGGCCUUUGUAUCAGUGCAGAAAUACUCAGGGCAGUUACAGGUGUGAUCCGAAGAAAUGCGGGGAGGGUGAAUUGCAAAACCCGCAAACUGGCGAAUGUACAAGUAUUGACUGCCCUCUCGGAUAUUACCCUUCAAAUGGAAUGUGUCAUGACGUUGAUGAAUGCGCAACUGGCGAUAGGUGCGGGCCAGGAGAGGAAUGCGUGAACACUGCUGGCUCUUUUCGCUGUCAACAAAAAGGGAACAUAUGCCAACCCGGAUAUGCUGUCAACAAGGACACUGGAUUCUGUGAUGAUAUCAAUGAGUGCUUGAACAAGACUGUGUGCGAUGGGCUAAUGUGCAUAAAUCUACCUGGCAGUUACAAAUGUCGAUGUAAUGCAGGUUAUGAAUUCAACGAAAAGACGAAGCGCUGUGAAGACGUUGACGAGUGCGAGAAAUUUGCUGGACAUGUGUGCGACCUCUCCGCCGAAUGUCAGAACACAAUCGGAUCCUUUAUUUGCAAGUGCAAGGAAGGUUUUGAACUAGCCGCAGACGGCCGAAGAUGCGAAGACAUCAACGAAUGCGAACGAGGGACAGCUCGUUGUGAGCAGAAAUGUAUCAACAUACCCGGCUCUUAUCAGUGCAUAUGCGACAGGGGAUAUACUGUCGGUAGCGAUGGGAAAACUUGUGAGGACAUCGACGAAUGUGCACUUUGGGCUGGAUCGGGCAGUGAUCUUUGCAUGGGAGGAUGUGUGAAUACAAAAGGAUCAUAUCUUUGCCAAUGCCCACCAGGUUACAAAAUUCAACCUGACGGAAGGACAUGUGUAGAUGUCGACGAAUGCGCUUUGGGCGAAUGUCAGGGUAAAGACAGGAUUUGCGUCAAUACUUUGGGCCAGUUCAAAUGCCAUCGAAUCGAAUGCCCUCCUAAUUAUGUCCAUGACAGCAAUUACAAAAACCGAUGUAAUCGUCUUCGCUCGAUGUGCGACGGUAUUCCUGAAGCAGUUUGCAAAGCACGAUAUCCAGUCCACAUAACUUGGCAGUUCAUCGCCAUUCCAAAAGGAAUCCUUAUCUCCUCACAUCGGCCAACCAUCACACUUUUCACCAUCAAGGGACCGUCCCAUAACGAUUCAAUUGUUCAGUUCGAGCUAAAUCUCAAGCGUGCUAUACCUGAAGCGCCAUCGGUAUUAUUGGCAAUUCGGCCUAAUUUCCUUCUGCAAAAGGGAAAAGACAGGAAUUCUGCUGUUGUCGCAGUCCGGGACACCCUGGAUGGCCCACAGACGAUUGAAAUGGAACUCAUCCUCAGGCUCACGAAGAAAUCACAGUUUGCUGGGAAAUAUGUCGCUAACCUCAUUGUGCAUGUUGCUCCUCACAAAAGACACUCUAAUACUAGAAUCCAAGACGGUUACUCUUGCAUCAAAGUGUGCGGAGAAGAAGAAGCAAGAUGUCUCGGCAACCACACUGAGGAGAUUCUGUAUCAAUUUCGAGCUCUACCCUCCACAACAUUCGUGAAGUACCCUAUCGAGGUGUCCAGGAUACGAACGCAUAUGGACACGCCAUUCUCAGUGGACUACAGCCUCGACUACGUCGGAAUGAGACAUUUCAUCAUUGAACAGGACAGAAAUAUUGGAAUCGUGAAGCUGGCCAAGCCGAUCGUCGGUCCGGCGACGGAGCGCAUUCGCGUGAACAUCCACACAAAAUCAAGGACCGGUGUGAUUCUCGCCUACAACGUGGCCAUCAUCGAGGUGUACGUCUCUCCGUACUACUUCUAACCUCACCAUCAUCCCCCCCCCCGCUCAUCCCGAUCCGACGACUCGACUAAUGUGUAACAUUUUCGUCUGAGCGUUCCAUUCGUGAUUGUUGAGCUCUACGGCCGAUGACUGUGUGUGUGCAGUUUUUGCCGUCGCUGCUCUCAUGUGUAUAUUCGUAUCCAUUCUUCUAGUCUCGAAUUUUUUUGCUAUGAAUAAAUUCCUUUUACUUGUUGGCAUCUACCGUUCUAGCUUCGC